AUGCCCUGUAGGACAAAGAGUUGGGAGAGAUUUAUAGAAUAGUUUGGGUUGGAAGGGACCUUAAAGACCUAGUUCCAAACCUAUUCACAGGGCUCUGUCAGGAUCACAUCAAAAGGUUCCUUUGGUGUUCUAUGUCUGAUAAUCCUCAAUGUCAGGUGUUUUGGGAGAUGAGUUUUAAUAUCCACCUUUCUUAAAAAAUGCCAAAACCAGCCUGAAACAAAAAAAAAAGCCAGCCUGGCUGAGCAGUGAUGGAUGGUGCUCAGGAGACUGGAUGACAGUAGCAUUUGUCUUCUCUCAGGUGAUGGAUGCAGGCUGUCGCCCAGCAGAGCGCUGGAUGAGCAGUGCCCUUCACCUUGGCUGGAGCAGGCAUGGGGUUGGUUUUCUUUGCACAUUUCUGCUUGCCAGGAUUGCAUCUGGACUAAGAACAAUAAAUCUCUGAGCAGAUUCAUAUCCAGCAGCUUUUCAGAGUUCCUUAGAUGACUGCUAAUCAAAGCAUUGUAAACAAAAUAAACAUCUGAGUGCUCGUUUUGGAGCAACGAUGUGUUAAACUCUUAGCAUUUGGAUAGCAUAUUGUAAAAUUAACAAAUCCCUCUCCUUAGGAGAUGAGAUUUGAACUUACAAUCCUUUGACCAGGAAAUCAGAGGUGGGAAAGGAACUGAUUUGCUCUAAGAAAACAAAGGCAGUAGCCUUAUAAAAAGGAUCGGAAGAUGGAAUUGUUUAGUUCCUGGUCCUGUGGUUUGCUUAAGCAAUGCCAGGAAUUUGAAGCAGCACAAAUGAAACAGUCAGCAAAUUUUGGGUGCUCUAGGGUAUUGAAAAAUGCUUCUGGGCAAGGCAGCUAAUUGCAUUCUGGGUCAGUGCUUCACCAUGUGGUGUUGCUAGCUAUUCUUCCUUAAACUGCUCUGCGAUAGCAUCCUGGGGUGAACAGUGAUACGAAAUCUCUGCCACUCUGCAAAGAGGCUAAGAAAAAGCUCAAAAUUCCCCUCCCCUUCGCCCUAAAAGCCCCCAAAACAAAACAAAAAAAGGAGCUUACUAGAGUCAAUGACCCUGAAUCAACUGUGGAAGCACCAACCUGUAAAAGAAAUACGAACUGAGCACAGUGGGGGUGGCAAGGCACUAGGAAAUGUCCAUUCUCUUACACUAAGUGUAAUUCAGGAGUGACUCUAGACAAGGCAGAUGAUUGCUGCUGCAUUUCUGUGAGAGGACACUCAGGCUUAAGGCCUCUCUGCUCACAUCUUGCAAACAGAUGUCUUCCCUUUAUGUGAGAUGCUCCACAUCUGGCAGCUGCUCAGUGGGUCCAGGUGAAAUUGCUCUCCUUCCCCAGGUCGGAGUCUGUUGGAAGAGGGAAAAAGGAGGCUGAUGAAAUGUUGGAACGCAAGAAGCAAUAAGCAAAUGCUGUGAAAUACAGGGAAACACUGGCCUGUGGAUAUUUAAAAUGGAAACCACAGCUUGUAAUGGCAGAAACUGCAGUACCUCCCAUAUGAACUCAGGCUGAGAGAGUUGGGGUUGUUCAGCCUGGAGGAGAGAGGCUCUGAGGAAACCUUAUGGUGACCUUCCAGUACUGAAGGGGCUACAAGAGAGCUGGAGAGGGGCUGUUUACAAAGGCAUGGAGUGAGAGGGGGAAUGGCUUUAAAUUGGAGAGGGGCAGAUUUAGAAUAGACAUAAGGAGGAAUUUCCUCACCAUGAGAGUGGCAAGGCCCUGGCCCAGGAUGCCCAGGGAAGCUGUGGCUGCCCCAUCCCUGGAGGUGUCCAAGGCCAGGUUGGAUGGGGCUUGGAGCCCCUGAUCCAGUGGGAGGUGUCCCUGCCCAUGGCAGGGGGUUAGAACUGGAUGGGCUUUGAGGUCCCUUCCAACCCAUUCUAUGAUUCUAUUGUGUUGAUGAUUGGACAAUCUUACAGGUCUUUGCCAGCCUUAAUGAUUCUAUGAUUCAAUGCAUCUUCAUCCAGUUACACCUGUGUUUAAGCGAACAGGCUGAGAGUUGAGGUUGUUCAGCCUGGAGAAGAGAAGGCUCUGGGGAGACCUUAGAGAAGCUUCCAGCACUGAAAGGAGCUCCAGGAAAGGUGGGAAGUGGCUCUUGAUCAGGGAGUGCAGGGAUAGGAUGAGAGGGAAGGGUUUUCAGCUGAAAACAGGGAGAUUGAGAUGAGAUGUUAGGAAGAAAUGUUUUGCUGUGAAGCUGGGGAGGCCCUGGCCCAGGCUGCCCAGAGCAGUGGUGGCUGCCCCAUCCCUGGAGGUAUUUGAGGCCAGGUUGGAUGGGGCUUGGAGCAGACUUUUUGUAGAAGCGUUUGUGUCUCUGGCACCAGGAUGUUUGUGGAGACAUAUUAAUAUCAAAGAAUGCCAACAACUUCUUCACCAAGUGGCUGCAUUGUGCAAGAGGUCAUUAUUUACAGCUACCAGCUUUAUUGAACUCUUCCUUACAUUUCAUCCUUAUUUUCUUCUAGAAGUGGAAAAACAACUUAGGUUUGAUGUUUUGUGUGCCAUCAACUGAAAUUGGGGCCAUCAUGAAUAUAACCAAGGGUGGACUGGUGCUGUUUUCAGCUAAUUCCAAUUCAUCAUGCAUGGAACUGUCCAAGAGGAUUGCCGAGCGCUUAGGAGUUGAGAUGGGGAAGGUUCAGGUUUAUCAGGAGCCAAACAGAGAAACAAGAGUGCAGAUUCAGGAGUCCGUUCGAGGGAAGGAUGUAUUUAUUAUCCAAACAGUUUCAAAGGAUGUGAAUACCACCAUCAUGGAACUCCUGAUCAUGGUGUACGCCUGUAAAACCUCCUGUGCCAAAAGCAUUAUUGGAGUGAUUCCUUACUUCCCGUACAGCAAACAGUGCAAGAUGAGGAAAAGGGGCUCCAUUGUCUCUAAAUUACUGGCUUCAAUGAUGUGCAAAGCUGGACUAACUCAUCUCAUUACCAUGGAUUUACACCAGAAGGAAAUACAGGGCUUCUUCAAUAUCCCAGUUGAUAACUUGAGAGCAUCUCCCUUCUUACUACAGUACAUCCAGGAAGAGAUACCAGACUACAGGAAUGCUGUAAUUGUGGCCAAAUCACCCGCAUCUGCAAAGAGAGCGCAAUCAUUUGCUGAGCGGUUACGGUUGGGCAUUGCUGUGAUUCACGGAGAAGCCCAAGAUGCCGAGUCUGACAUGGUGGAUGGUCGGCACUCACCGCCUACAGCCAAGAACAUUGCUGCUAUUCAUCCCAGUUUGGAGAUACCCAUGCUGAUUCCCAAGGAAAAGCCACCCAUCACAGUUGUUGGAGAUGUAGGAGGAAGAAUAGCUAUCAUCGUGGAUGACAUCAUAGAUGAUGUUGACAGCUUCCUUGCUGCAGCUGAGACCCUCAAGGAGAGGGGAGCUUACAAGAUCUUUGUAAUGGCCACACAUGGCCUCUUAUCUUCAGAUGCUCCCAGGCUGAUAGAGGAAUCCGCAAUCGAUGAAGUGGUUGUUACAAACACGAUUCCACAUGAAAUACAAAAACUCCAGUGCCCUAAAAUCAAGACUGUGGAUAUCAGCAUGAUCCUCUCGGAAGCCAUUCGUAGGAUCCACAAUGGGGAGUCUAUGUCAUACCUUUUCAGAAAUAUAGGACUGGAUGAUUAAUGCUUUUCAUUCUCCAGAAACACCCCGGGCCAAACUGGAAGUGAACAGAUAACGAGCUGUGAAGCAUUGUGCUUACCUUAAUAUUUCUAUUGAGCCACUUCAUGUUUUCUCUUGGUUAAAGUAUUGAGGUAGAACAGUUUUUAAGAGCU